AUGUUUUUGAGACCGGUAACUUACCCUCUUUGGGAGCACAUUUGCAGGUUCGACUACUCUUCUGGUAUCACCCAAUGCAUAAAUCAAAUAGGAGAUCAUAAUGAAAUACAGAGUGAUGCUGCAAAGUUCAAAUUUAUACGAGAUAAGCUGUUAUGGUAUCUGCUUAUGGUCCCACGCGAAACCCUCAACAGAUUGCUACUUCAGGGUUUGGAGGAUAAAAAUAUAGUACCUGGAGUAAUAAAUACAUUGCGUAGUUGCCGCGCUCUCUCUGAAACUGCGGUAGUGUCAGAAAAUAUCUCUGGCGAGAGGGUCCCAGUUGUCGUAGACUUAGUUGUGUCCAUCUUCAAUAAUGAGGCGCACAGGUGGACGGUCACCGAGCAGCAAGAUCGCCUUGUAUAUCUUCUAACUGCCUUAUGUCGUCGGCGGCGUAUUGCAAAAGAAAAGGCUGACGGUGCUGCUGAGCAGGCUACAGGCGCAAGAGAUGAAUCUGUGGUGGAUGGAGGAAUGUUGCUCAAGCUGUUUGUAUUGCACAAUCUCAUGAAAAGAACACAAGAGACUCUUAUGCUGAAAUUGCUACAUAGGUACCGGCCGAGAGAUGUGCUAAAUCUCUUAUCGUUUAUUGCUUCAUUCGCAGGUUCAUGCAGUCUGUCGGUACCAAAGAGAUUCAUUUCAACUGGACCACCAGCAUAG